AUGAUUAGUGGUUCCAAUAGGCAAACGAAUUCUAAAGGAUUCCUGCCAAAACAAGAACGAGCGAAGGAUGCUGACCUACCUGAUGAGGAUGUAAAACGUUGUUUUAAAUGCGCUGAGAAGGGACAUUUGGCGAGUCAAUGUAGAUCCAAGGAGAUUAAGUGCUUUAAGUGCAAGGGGUUGGGUCAUAAGAGCUCUGAUUGCAACAGGAAUAAGAACGAGAGUGGAAAGGUUGUGAAAAAGGAGGAUGGCAAUGUCCAGACUUUGACUUCUUUAUCUUCAUAUCGGAUCUUUAAGAAUAUCAUCAUUCGGAACCAAGAGAUUUCGGCUACUAUUGAUACGGGUAGUGACAUAAGUUGCUUAAGGAAUGAAUUAUUUUUGGCGCUGGGUGAUGUCGAAUUGGAAUCUUGUAAGAAGACUUUGACUGGAAUCGGCCAAAAGGAUAUAACAACACUUGGAUGCUUUUCGAGCAAUAUUGAUGUGGACGGAGUUUUGGUACCAAUCAUUUUCCAUGUAGUUAGGGAUCAGGAUAUUUUGUAUACAGCGAUUAUUGGCAAUGACGUUCUUGAAUUUGUGAAUAUGACAGUGAGCUUUAAAGGAGUGGAAUUCUCGUUAAAGUCUGCCAAUCCAAGUCCCACGGAAUUUCGGAGCGAUUCUAUAGCCAUGCAGAACGUUCUUAAGGAGCUUUCAGAGAUAGAAGUUGUUGGCCAAAUUGGUGAUGCUGGCUACAUUGAUCAAGUCGAUUUAUGUCACUUGGGGCAUAAUGAACAGAAGGAGAUUAUGAGGAUGUUGGAUGACUACAGACCAGUAAAGCCGAACACAUUUCCAGUCAAGAUGAAAAUUAUACUAAGUGAUUAA